AAUGUCAUCCAGUUUUUUAUAAUAUAUUUUGGUUUUAGACUCUGUUCGCUCUUGUCGUCCACACUCUAAGACAGACAGACUUGUAUGGUAUUCAUAUAUACGGAGCUUUGAACUCCCAUAUGUGUGAUUUAUAAAUGUUUGCUCUUUAGAAAGAAAAAGAAAAUAUUUGGUUAUUUAAUUCGUGAUUUAUUCUCGCAAACAAUUUCCCUUAUUAGAUUUUCCUUAAUUCGCUAGCAAAACGCCACGUGUUCACCAGAAGCUCCCGUAAAACCAAUAACCAACCACCAUCCACUAAAAUGCCUUCUCCUUUUCUUCUUCUUCUUCUUCUUUCUUCUUCACGAUAACCAAUCAAACACACACCAGAUCUAGGGUUUGUUCGUUCUUUUCGUUCGUUUUUCACACAGUAUCAAUCAACAAUGGCGUUAGAAUGGGUGGUGCUAGGGUACGCUACAGGCGCAGAAGCAAUCAUGGUCCUUCUUCUCACGAUGCCAGGUCUUGGUCCGCUCCGAAAAGGGUUGGUCCACGUCAUCCACAGCCUUCUGAAACCAUUCUUCUCCGUCGUCCCAUUUUCCGUGUUUCUGUUCAUGGAUAUCUACUACAAAUACGAAAACUACAGACAGCUUUGUGAAUCGCCUGAUUCCAGCUGUACCCCAACAGAGCAAUUGCAUCAACAGAAAUCUUUCAUGAAGAGCCAGCGUAACGUUUUGUUGAUCAUCUCCGCUUUGGUUUUUUACUGGUUGUUGUACUCCGUCACUCAUAUGAUCGUCACGGUUGAACAGUUGAAUGCCAGGAUUGAGAAAUUGAAGAACAAGGAUUGAUCGAUCGAUCUAACGGAUUUCAUUCCAAAUUUGCUGUUUAUUAUUACAAGAAGAGAAUAUGGUUUGAUUUUGGAGUUAUUAUAAUGGAUAUGGAUAGAUCUUUAACUCUUAAGCUUCAUUAAUUUUCUGUAGAUAUUGUCAUCUUCAUUUUCAUUUCGUAUAAAAGGAUAAGUAAUGCAGAUUAAU